AUGUAUUCCACCACCGGUGCGAAGCAGCACUUAUUAUUCUUGCCUUGUGUGCCUCCACUGAACCUGAAGCCGAGACUCGCAACAUCGCGGUGUACACCAGCACGAAACGGCAGGGACGUGGAUUCAUGGCGGCGCUUUGAGAAGCCGACGACUCGAAAAAGAUCAUCGCGCGUGAUUUGCACCGCCAGCCGAAGGAGCAGGCGCCGAAUGAUAAGAGUAGGUUCUAGACCAUCUUUGUGUCACCCGAGAUUGAAGUGCGGCAUGCGUGGAUGCAGUCUAGUUGUUGUUCUCGAGGGCCUAGGACCGACUAGAGAGAUGGAUGCACGAUUGUCGUCUGACUCAAGCACUCUGAGCAAGCACAUAGUUGGCUUGCGCUCCUGGAGAAACUAGUAACUGGAAUUUCCUUGUUGAUGUUCACGAUGUCGAUGACAAACACCAAGACCAAUCAGACACGCUGAAUAGGAAAACGGUGAUCUUCUUGAGCCAGCAGAAUAUUCUUCAGGUUCAACUGCACAAAGAUGGUAGUGGUUCACACUGCUUUCGUGCUAUUGGCAGAGUUCUGCUAUGCGAAAUUUCAAGUCGGGGCGUCCGAAUGGGAUGACUUGAGCUCGAACACGCAGCGGAAAAUAACGAGGUGUCACUUGUUGGCACUAGUCCUGCUCCUCACCUUGUGGCUUCUGAUUCUCCUGCAGCUAGCGAUAGGGGGGGCAUCUUCUCCAACGGAAAGAGUACAGCAUCCUUGUGGGUGGGCGUAGCAUUCUUGGUUGAUUGGACACUUUGCUUCUCGUGGGUGGUGUAUUCUCUAGUAAAGCAGAAAAGGGAACAAGAGAGACACAAUGCCUUGUAGUAGUACCAGAUGUUCUCAUGAUGCUACUCUUGUUGUCAGACGACAUCACCAGUCUCCAGUACCUUGGUUCUUUGUUUUUGUGAUGAAUGUUAAUUGUUACAACUGACUGCUCUUCAUAACUAAAAUGGGAAUUGCUGGGCGCAGGGACCCACGCGCGCACCCGUAGAUGGAGGUCCAAAUAAGAGAACGUGGACAGACCAGCAUGUGUAUGUGUUGAUAAGUAAAAGUAGUAAUGCACCAGACACUUCGACGAUCAAUCUGCAGUUUGCAAAACAUGACCGAAGAAUAUUGCUGGUGUCGAUCACGAAUAUGAAACGGGAAGAAAUGACCUCGAUCUUGUCUUUGUUAUUGCUUCGCCGUGUUGAUCCCCUCAAAGAAGAACACGAUGUGCAUCAGAUUGGAACAAGGAUCGUCUAUGUGCAACACUGCUGGUAACUUUAAAUUUCUAUUGUGGUCCUCCUCCUUGUUAAAUUGAACAACAUU